CAUUCAAAACUUCAUAGAAAUUCGUAUAGAGAAUAUAAAAAAUACGUAUAUAAAUAUUGUAUUCUUUACAACAAAAUUUAUUAAAAUUUCUACAGUUUUUAAUUGUAUAGAAAAAGCAAUGGCCCUUAAUCCCCAUCUUUGCGAGGAUAAGCAACUUUUGAGCUGGCUCAACAGAGUGCUAGUUUCGGAAUAUAAGCGAAUUGAGCAUCUGAAGAACGGAGCAGCCUACUGCCAAUUGAUGGAUAUGCUGUUCCCCCAGUCAUUAAUAAAUUUGCGGGAUGUUUUCUUUUCAACCACAUGCCCUAGAGAAAGCCGAAAAAACUUGAAAUUAUUUAGCAAGGCUUUGGAGAAAAUGGACAUAAAGAGAGAAUUGCCAGUUCUCGAGCUGAUUCGUGGCAGUCACUCGAAAAAUCUGCAAAUGCUCAAAUGGUUUAAGUCCGUCUACGAUCUGAACUACACGGGCCGCAAUUACGACGUUUUGGAAGAGCGAAACGGAUGCCGCAUGGGUUACAUAGAGAAGGAGAAGCUCGAGUCGGCUAGCACUCAACAAAUAGCCCCACCAAAAUGCACGGUGCCCAAAGCCAAGAUCAGUUCGAUAAAAGAUGUUUCGCACGAGCCGGAUAACCUGACUACUGCAGAGAAGGUUGUCUUAUUGAAGGCCAAGGCGCAAAAGGCACGUGAGGAGUUGAAAAGGAUGGAAGCAACUCGUGACUAUUAUAUCCGUAAGCUGAAGUACGUCGAGCAGCUAUGCAAUUUGUUUGAAUCGCCAUCGCAGCAGCGCCAAUUAAUCGAAGCUGUCAAGAAAACUUUGGCCGAAAUUGUCAUGGCUGCCAACCUCGACGCUACAGACUAAUAACUACAAUUUGUAGUGCCAUCCAUUCACUUUAUAUGGAUGCAAAAAGUAAAAAAAAAAAAAAUUAUUUAUUUCUGUUAAUCGUUAAAGCAAUGAACAUUACAAAAACCCUUUACUACUUUGGUGGUAAGGGACCAAAAACA